GAAGUCAUGUUCCCACCACCACGACGUUAAGCAUAUAAAUACAUGCGGAUGACAUUGAGGGAUAAGAGUGCGGGAACGUCCAGCAAUCCCCACAGUGAAGACAUGGUUAAACAUCUACCGCCAGCAAUCAAGCAGCUUCUGACUCUGCGCAACCCUGAUGCAUGGUCAAGUCCGCCGUUAGGAAGGUUGCAUCGCGUCUUCGCAAGCACUCAAAACGAGGCAAAGCGAAGGAAUGCAGAGACCGGAUGGCUCGUCCUUACAACAUGCACCCUCCUCACGGCGAACCGUCCCUCUUCUGUUGGGCACCUGUAUCGUUUUGUGACCAGGUCUGAUCCGACCAAGGCUGAAUCUCGAAGAGAUUUUACGGAAGCUUUGAACAAGGCUGCCCUUAUGCGGGAGUCCGCGUUGAAGAGUGUCAUAUUCAUUGGCGUACCUCGAACAAUUCUAUCUCUUACUGGACUGAAAGAAGCCCUUGAAGACGAUGUCUACGCGGCUUUACGCAAGGACUCUCGGAGGGUGGGCACUCCGCAGAAUAUCGAGGCUACUAUCGGAAGAGGGAUGGCGUUAUGGAACUCGAUUUAUGAACCGCAUGCUGUCAAGUUGUACAACAAAUUGGGGGCGCUUCAUCCUGACUUCAUAUCGUUUAUAAUUCAAAGUUAUGGCUCUGUACUGUCACCCAUGCCUGGGGGAGAUGCUGAACAGGGGAACUUGACCCGAGCUAUGGGCUCUAUAGUAGGCAUUGCUACUCUCCGUGCCGAAGGAAGGGUCGGCCCCCAGUUGACGAGCCACGUAUUCGGGCUCCUCAAAGCGCGCUAUGUGGAGAAUCAGAACGAGGAGGACAAGUACCUUUCAAGCGACGAAGGAACGGAAUGGGUUGUACGUACCGUAGAUGAGAUUAUGGAUGCUAUCACAUCGGAAGAAGGGCCCCAGGUGAAAUUGUAGAUUUGUAAAUUCAAGUCUGGUGAUCAGAUUUGCUUUCGAGAUAUCACGCGAGAUUGAUGUGUGUCGUGCUAUUUGUCUUGCCAACUCAACGAGGCUUU